AUGUCUUCAAUUCGUAAGUCUACUCGUACCCGUACCUUGACCGUAAAGGCUAAAACUAACACCAAUACUGCAGUUACAAAACAGCAAGUUCCAGAAACACAUGUACAAGAUCAUGAUCAACAUAUAAAUAAAAAGAGAAAGAUCACGCGAGAAACAGAAGCUCAAGAAGAGCAAUCAGAUAAGAUUGACCCAGUUGAAAAGUUGUUGAGUUUGACUAGUACAAAUAAUGACUUCUUAUCUGACUUGGAAUCAUCCUCGGAAGAAGAAGAGGAAGAAGAAGAGUAUAUUAGAGAAAUAGCUUCAGUGAAUUUCACCAAGAUUUUACAAGAUAAUAUCAGAAAUUACUAUUCGAGAAAGUUGCGAAUGAAUCAAUAUGAUGAUACAUUUGCAUUACUUAAUAAGAAUACUCAACAGUCAGAAACAUCACAACUCAACUCCACAUCUGAACCCUCCAGUCCUAAACCUUCAACUAGAGACGAAGUUCCAUUUUUUAAGAAUGUUAACUUUGGAAAAUCAAGAGAAUAUACAAUUGAUGAUUUUUUUGCUUACAAUGACGAAGAAGAAGAACAAGAACCAAAAUCACCAACUGAAGAAAUAUCUUCUCCAACUACAUCUUCUCCCACAUUGUAUAUUCCAAAAAUAAACCAAAGAUUUAACUAUCGUCAAAAUCAUUUGAAUUUGGCUUCAGAUUACCAAGCAAAUUCACCAAACAAUCACAGCCAGAUGGCCACUGGAAUGAGUCCUUCAAGUUCACAAGACAUCUUUAAGAUUUUAAACAAGAGAUGUAUAUUGACAGGAAGAGCCAGUGAAAUGGUUUCAACCGGGAACUUUUUAAUCAAUGACUUUUUCUUGUAA